AUGAACGAGAGGAUCACGUCGCUGACCAUGGACAUCGACUACUACAACAAGAUGCUCGAGGCCUCGAGUAAUCCGAUGCAGGUUCCCAUCACCGUCGCAACUGUGGGUGCUGAAGGGAAGCCCAUUACAAAAACGACCGCUCCUGAAGGCAAGAGAGCUCCCGACCCGGCUCCGGCUUUACCCCCCUCCCAGGAUGGCGAUGGGGCCUCAGUCUGGACAGACUUUCUCCUUUCGAGCAAAGCCUCCAGUUCAAAGUCAACCAAUACCAGCAGCAGUUCGGUUUCGCACAGUGACUGGUCCCACCGACACAUCCAAAAGGCUUCAACACAGAACACCAACACCCAGAUUGGUUUCCGUGCCAUGAAAGUCACCAUCGAUUGGCCAUGGUUCAACGCCCAGCUUCUCGGCCAGACGGAAGAAUUCAUGCAUUUCAACGCAGCCAAGAUCUCGGCAGGCAAGCCACAGGAGGUUCACGACAAACUUGACAAGGGGGAGACCGUCAACGGGGCCAACUGCCUCCUGCCAAGUUGGGCAAGCGCCUUUAUCGCUGUCAAAGAUGUGCACAUCGUUAUGAGCAAGGCUUCGAAGUUUGACGCCAGUGAGAUCAACGACAUGCAGAGCUCGUCCUCAUCCGGCGGUGGAUUUCUGUGCUUCUCGGCAUCCAAGAGCAGUUCCAGCUCAGACCAUCGGGAGGCGUUCUCAAUGAGGAAUACCGAGUCUGACAUCUCGAUCCGUAUCCCUGCCCCGCAGAUCCUUGGCUGGAUCUCUCAGCUGGCGCCCGAGGACCUUUCAAAGCAAGACUACGUACCGUUUGAUGCCAACGAAUUUGUGAAGCCUCCUCCUGUCAGUAACGGCACUUUCACGACCUAA